AUGAAGUUUAAAAUUCCACCAUUCAUUGGGAAGAACAGUCCAGAUGUCUACUUGGAGUGGGAGAAGAAGGUAGAACAAGUUUUCAAUUUUCAGUACUAUUCUGAGAUCAAUAAGGUGCGAAUGGCGUCUGUUGAGUUUAGUGAGUAUGCGCUUAGCUGGUGGGAUCAGUUGGUGACUUCACAAAGACGUAAUGGCGAAUAUCCGAUUGAAACUUGGGAUGUGAUGAAGGCUAUAAUGAGGAGAAGGUUCGUGCCCGGCCAUUACCAUCGCGAUCUGCAUCAAAAGCUAAGGAGACUGACUCAGGGAAGUCGAAGUGUGGAGGAUUACUAUCAAGAGAUGGAGAUUCUUUUGAUAAGAGCUGAUGUGGUUGAGGACCGAGAAGCUACUAUGGCUAGAUUCAUGAGUGGGUUGAACCGAGAUGUCCAGGAUAGGCUUGAGAUGGAGCAUUAUGUGGAGCUUGAAGAGAUGUUACAUAAAGCAAUCUUGGUGGAAAAGCAACUCAAGAGAAAAAGUUCUACGCGGAUAACUUAUGGUGCUGGUUCAUCUAACCCAAAAACAAGUUAUCAGAAGGAAGAAAAGUCAGUUGCUCUUCCAAAGUCUGAAGCGAAGCCAAUUGUUGCCAAUCAAGUUAUCAAGGACAAAGCUGAGGCUACCAGAACCCGAGCUCGAGAUGUGACGUGUUUUAAGUGUCAUGGUAGAGGACACUAUGCACAUGAAUGCUCCAACAGAAGAACCAUGAUUCUCUAUGAGAAUGGAGAGAUCGAAUCAGAAAAUGAAGAGGUUGUUUCUGAUUCAUUAGAAGAACUUGAAGAAAAUCCAGCAAAAGGCAAGAUAUUGGUGGCAAGGAGGUCACUUAGUGUCCAAAGUGCAAUUGUGGAACAUGAGCAAAGGGAGAAUCUAUUUCAUACAAGGUGCCAUGUCCGAGAUAAGAUAUGUUGUCUGAUAAUUGAUGGCGGGAGUUGUACGAAUGUGGCGAGUGAAACAAUGGUGAAGAAGCUUAGGCUAACUACGGAGAAGCACCCAAAGCCAUAUAAGCUACAAUGGCUUAAUGAUGAUGGUGAGAUGAAGGUUAGUAUCCAAGUAAAGAUUCCUAUUGUCAUUGGGAAGUAUGAGGAUGAGGUUUUGUGCGAUGUCCUACCUAUGGAGGCUAGUCAUAUUCUUCUAGGAAGACCAUGGCAAUCUGACAGGAGAACAAGCCAUGAUGGUUUCACCAACCAUUAUUCUUUUGAGUUCAAAGGCAAGAAGAUCAUCUUAGUUCCGUUGACACCUCAUGAAGUUUAUCAAGAUCAGUUGAUUCUCAAGCAGAGGAAAGAAACAAACACCAUGAGCGACCCCACAAACACAAUUCACCAAAAAGAGAGCGAGAGUUUGAGAAAAACCAAGUCAAAGGCCUAUGAGAGAAAACCCGUGAGGCAUUCAAAUCUCUUUGUGAGAAAAGGAGAGGUUAAGAGAGCUUUAUUUUCAAAACAACCUUUGAUUAUAUUUGUUUACAAAGAAACGCUCAUGAGUUUUUCUGACCUUGAACCGGUGUUACCGAGUGAGAUAACCUUUCUUUUGCAGGGUUUUGAGGACGUAUUUUCGGAGGACAAUCCGAAAGGUCUACCACUUAUCUGUGGUAUUGAAAACCAAAUAGACUUUAUUCCUGGUGCAUCCCUUCCAAACAGACCAGCUUAUAGUACUAAUCCCGUGGAGACAUUGGAGUUGCAAAGACAAGUUAAUGAGCUCAUGGAGAAAGGACAUAUUAGAGAGAGCAUGAGCCCAUGUGAGGUCCCAGUCCUACUUGUGCCCAAAAAGGAUGGAAGUUGGCGCAUGUGUGUUUAUUGUAGAGCUAUUAACAACAUCACGGUAAAGUAUCGUCAUCCUAUUCCUAGGCUUGAUGAUAUGCUAGACGAACUGCAUGGUUCUUGUGUCUUUUCUAAGAUAGAUCUCAAAAGUGGAUAUCACCAAAUAGGCAUGAAAGAGGUUUACUUUGAGGAUAUCUUAGUCUAUAGCAAGAAUCUGGAAGAACAUGUUCAGCAUCUAGAAGCGGUUCUUACAACUCUUAGAGAGGAGAAGUUGUUUGCCAAUCUUAAGAAAUGCACUUUUUGUACGGAUAACCUUGUCUUUCUAGGUUUUGUUGUUAGUGCAGAUGGCAUUAAGGUUGAUGAGGAGAAAGUUAAAGCUAUAAGAGACUGGCCAAGUCCUAAGACCGUUGGAGAAGUAAGGAGCUUUCAUGGACUAGCUGGAUUCUAUAGGCGCUUUGUGAAGGACUUCAGCACUAUAGCUGCACCAAUUACAAAAGUCAUCAAGAAGGAUGUUGGAUUCAAAUGGGAGAAAGCACAAGAAGAAGCGUUCCAGGCCUUGAAAGAGAAGCGUACAAACGCCCCACUUUUAACUUUGCCUAAUUUCCUUAAAACCUUUGAAAUUGAGUGCGAUGCUUCUGGUGUAGGUAUUGGAGCUGUUUUGAUGCAAGACAAAAAAACCCAUUGCAUCAAUGAGAAGCUUGGAGGAGCAACGUUGAACUAUCCCACAUACGACAAAGAGCUAUACGCGUGGGUGGAGUUCAUAGAAACGUUUCCCUAUGUCAUCAAGUAUAAGCAAGGUAAGGAAAAUGUUGUUGCUGAUGCCUUGUCCCGAAGGUAUUCUCUAAUCUCUACUCUUGAUGUUAAACUGAUGGGAUUCGAACAAGUUAAAGAGAUGUAUGAGAAGGAUCCUGACUUUACGGAUGUGUACAAAGCUUGUGAAAAGUUUGCUGCAGGCAAAUACUAUAGGCAUGAUAGGGAAGCGCAUGGAGGGGGAUUGAUGGGUCAUUUCGGAAUAGCAAAAACGCUUAAGGUGAUGCAAGAUCAUUUUCAUUGGCCGAACAUGAAGAGAGACGUCGAAAGGAUAUGUGGAAGGUGUGUCACUUGCAAACAAUCUAAGUCAAAGAACUAG